AUGGCGGAGUCAAGCGCCACGGGAGGAAGGAGAGGGAAGACGAAGGAGACAGAGACAAUGGAAGAGAUGAUGGAUCGGCUAGAUCUGACAGAGAAGGAGAGGACAAAAUUGGUCGUUGAUGAUGAGGAAGAUCAGCGGGAGGAUGAGCUCCAUGCGCUGAUCGGAAAGGUGCUGCAUCGGAAAGUACUUCAUGUGAACACCAUUGGAGAAGCUCUUCGCCCAGCGUGGGGUAAUCCAAGGGAGCUGAAUUUUAGGCCGUUGGGCGAGAAUGUCUUUGUGGCGAGUUUCAUGAAAAAACGCGAUAGCGAUCUAAUCUUCGAUGGAGGUCCAUGGAUGGUGGGAAAACAUUGUGUGGUUUUGGAAAGGUUCAACAUCAGACCGCGUCCCUCGGAGCUCAAGUUUGAAAAGAUCAAGAUUUGGGUGCGAGUGAUUAACCUUCCGUUUAACUUGCUGUGUCCGCCAUGGCCAAAGCGCAUAGCAGCUAUGGUGGGAGAGGUGAUAACCCUAAAUGCUGAUGACAAAGGGUUUGCUUUUGGUGACUGUUUGAGAAUCAGAGCAUGGAUUCGUGUGGAUGAACCAUUGAUGCGUUGGGUGCAACUGGAGAAAGCGAGAACAAAGGAGACAGAGUUCUUUGACAUCCAAUAUGAGAACUUGCCCUAUUUUUGCUUCUCAUGCGGGCUGCUGGGACAUGGGGAGUUGUUGUGUCCUACACUUGCGGGGAGGGAUGAAUAUGGGAGACCCCCAUACCGUGAGGCUCUGAGGAAGAGACAGAAUGAGGAGAGCGAGUCGUCGGGUUCCAUAGAUGACAGUCGUGACUCCAAGAAGAAAAAGGAAGACGAGAAGGCUGCAAAAAGUGUCGCGGAGGCUGUGCAGCAGCCCCACGGGUCGCAAUGA